AACAGUAACUCCCCUUAUGAAUAGUGUGCUGACGGUUUUGCCCUUCUGUGUAUUAAGGAAUUGCACAGCCCACCUGUACGAUAUAUGUGCCGCCGUGUUUUCGUCUUCCGCGUGUCUUCUGCUCUUCUCUCCACCGAACGACCGCUUGGGGGAGAGACAGGAGAUCAGACAGUGCUGCAAAGAAAGUUCAACAUAGAGAGAAGAGUGAUAAUAGAAGAAGCAAAUCAAAUGGGUGCGUAGUUUGCUAAGGACACCAUCAUUGCCACCGUGUUUAGGGAUGCCACACCUCAGCUUUGUUUGCCCAAAGGACUGAAAUUCAUCAUUGAGAGAAAGAGAGAAGAAAGAAGCACAAGAAUCGGCCAGCUGAGGUGUUUUGUUGCCACGAAGAGAGGCGGUUCGAUCUAUAGUCUAAAAGAGAGGGGGAGAGAGAGAAGGAUUGCACCCACCCAGAGGAAGAGAAGAAGAAGAGGGGGACAUGAAGCUCUCAGGGAAAUCACUGGUCCGGGCAAUCCAAUACUAAGGGGAAGAAGGUAGAUAGUUCAGAGAAAAGGAAGAGGGGGAUGGGAACGAAUCAAAAUCGGUAAUUUUUGUUGAUCUUAAUGAAGUGCUGCAAAGAAAGUUCAAGAUAGAGAGAAGAGUGAUAGUAGAAGAAGCAAAUCAAAUGGGCAAUCGGUGCAGUGUAGUUUGCUCAGGACACCAUCAUUGCCACCGUGUUUAGGGACGCCACACCUCAGCUCUGUUUGCUCAUUCAUGUUGUUUUUUUUUUUGCAACAAUACUAAUUAGCGUAUUGCCACUAAAAGACCCGCGGCAUCGCGCGGGCAUUCUUAACUAGUGCACUACGACUUUUACUACUCUCAAUUAGUGAAUAGUGGCAACACUGCCCCUUAUAAAUGGUAUUUGUUAGAUAAACACCGCAACAUAUCAUCUUCCUCAAAAUAUACCGACCAUGGAAGACAUCUUCUUCUACACUUCUCUCUCCAUCAUCGUGUGCCUGCUGAUCACUCUAAAGCUGUUUGAACGGCGACGUCACCCUAACCUCCCUCCAAGUCCUUCCUUAUUUCUUCCGAUUCUCAAUCAUCUCCACCUUCUCAAAUCCCCGGUCCACCGCACCUUCCACAGCCUCUCCCAGAAAUACGGCCCCAUCUUCUCCCUCUGGUUCGGCUCCCGCCGCGUGGUCAUUAUCUCCUCCUCCUCGGCCGUGGAAGAAUGCUUCACCAAAAAUGACAUAGUGUUGGCAAACCGUCCCCCCACGCUCCUGAGUAAGCACUUUGCGUACAACAGCACCACCAUUACGACCUCCCCCUACGGCGAUCAAUGGCGAAACGUUCGGCGUAUCGGCACUGUCGAGGUCUUGUCCACCAGCCGGCUCAACUCUUUCUCAGAUGUCAGAAAAGAAGAAGUCAAGCACUUGCUGCGCAAGCUUUUUCUAAAGGCAGAAGAAGAAGAAGGUUGUUUUGUGAAAGUGGAGCUGAGGUCUAUGUUAUAUGAGCUGACCUUCAACAACAUAAUGACAAUGAUGGCGGGGAAGAGGUAUGUCGGGGACCAUGUUGCGAACAAGAAAGAGGGGAAGGAGUUCAUUGAGAUCAUGGAUGAGGCGUUUUCGUACAGCUUGGGAACCAACCCCGGAGAAUUCAUGCCCUUUUUCAGAUGGUUUGGUGGUAAUGGUUAUGAGAGGAAGGUGAAGAAGUUGGGUACGAGAGCAGAUAUGUUCUUGCAACGUCUGAUUGAUGAGCACAGGAACAAGACUGCAUCAGAGAGUAAAAAUACCUUGAUCGACCACAUGCUUUCUCAGCAGGGGUCAGAACCUGAAUAUUACACUGAUGAGAUCAUCAAAGGACUUAUACUGAAUCUAUUAUUGGCUGGCACUGAUACAUCGGCAGUGACAUUAGAAUGGGCCAUGUCUGGUUUGCUAAACCAUCCGGAUACGUUAGAUAAGGCUAGAGCUGAACUGGAUGCUCAACUUGGUCAAGAACGCUUAGUAGACGAACAAGACAUUUCUAAACUUCCCUAUUUACAAAGUAUUAUCUCCGAGACUCUUCGAUUGUAUCCAGCGGCACCAAUGCUAUUACCACAUUUUGCAUCAGAUGAUUGCGUUGUAGGUGGAUUUGAUAUACCACGUGACACAUUGAUAUUGGUCAAUGCAUGGGCCAUACAUAGAGACCCAAAGUUGUGGGAUGAUCCAGAAAGCUUCAAACCUGAGAGGUUUGAAAUCGGUAGUAAGGACAAGGCACACAAAUAUAUGCCAUUUGGAAUGGGAAGAAGGGCAUGCCCCGGAGUAGGAUUGGCCCAACGUGAGGUAGGCUUGACUUUGGCUUCAUUGAUUCAAUGCUUUGAGUGGAAGAGGGUCAGUAAGGAGGAGGUUGAUAUGACCGAAGGGACAGGACUCACCAUGCCUAAAUUAGUGCCAUUGGAGGCCAUGUACAAACCAUGCUCCUUUUUUAACAAGGUUUUCCAUUGAUCGGUGGACAAUUUUUAUACUAAAAUGUAUUAUUACAUGUCAUUAGGUUAUGGGCUGUUGGUUAUUUAGAAUAACUAUCAUCGUAGACAUUUGUGAGGUAGGUGAGAUAGAGAAAAUAUUGUCGAUUCUACUAAAUAAAUGUACUAAUAAAUUAUAAGUUAUAUAAAUUGUGUACAAUAUCAUACUACUAUUGUUGUUGUA